AUUCAGUAAUUAGAAUCGUGGCACCAUUCGGUACCGUAUAACCACAGAAAAAUGCCUAUGUAACUAUUGUCUGUGGUAUGUAAUAACAAUAAUCUGGUAAUGGAAGGGAAUGGAACUCAUAUUAUCUGGCAACAUUGACACGAAUGUUACGAUAAAAAAUAACGGGUGUAUAAACGAUUGUAUAUUUUAUUUAUCGCCAAAUGUUUAUUUCGUGAAUUAAAGCAGUGUGCAAAAAACGCUCAAAGUGUGGAGAGUUGAAAACGCCUGCGUUUCGAACAAACACAAACCUAAAAAGUGAUGUGUAAUGUGAUUGAGCAUUUAUAGAGAAUUAGAAAUAAUCACAAAUAUUGAAUGGAAACUACAAAAGUUUGCAGCUGCUUGAAAUUAUUUAAUAUAUAAAAAAUAUAUAAUUUUGAUUAAUGCAUUAUUUUUCGAAAGUUUUAAAAUUUAGGUAGGUAAAAUUGUUUGAAAAUAUAUUUUUGCCAUCUAUUUUAAUAAAUGCAUUAGGAAUAUCAGUGCUUUCUUCUCAAUAAGAAACAUGUCCUUUAAAUAUCCAGAAGCAAGAAGAGAUGAAUCUGUUAAAGACGAUUAUUUUGGAGUCCAGAUUGCGGAUCCCUACCGUUGGUUGGAAGAUCCAGAUUCGAAAGAAACACAAGAAUUUGUUCAAACUCAAAAUGAAAUUACUAAACCAUAUUUAAAUGGCUGUGCAUAUAAGGAUAAAAUAAAAGAUAAAGUUACUCAACUGUGGAACUAUCCAAAGUAUUCCAUACCUUUCCGACAUGGGAAUAAAUAUUAUCAGUAUAGAAACUCGGGUUUACAAAAUCAAAGUGUCAUUUUCGUUCAGGAGAGUUUAAAGGAUGAAGCAAAAGUAUUUUUAGAUCCGAAUACAUUUUCGGAAGACGGUACUGUCGCAUUGUCUGGAACGGCAUUUUCCGAAGAUGGUAAAACUUUUGCUUACGGUCUUAGUGCCAGUGGUUCUGAUUGGAUUGAAAUAAAAUUUAAAAAUGUGCAAACUGGUAAAGACUAUGAUGAGGUUUUAAAAAAAGUAAAAUAUUCGCCAAUGACUUGGAUGCAUGAUAAUAAAGGAUUUUUCUAUGGGGCUUACUUGGAUCAAACAGGUAAAGCCGAUGGUUCUGAAACCAAAUCCAAUAAAAAUCAAAAAUUAUAUUAUCAUCAACUAGGCACGGAUCAGUCAAAAGAUAUCAUGGCUGUGGAAUUUGAUGAUGAACAACUUAGAAUGGGAGCUCAUGUAAGUCACUGUGGGAAUUACUUAAUAGUGACACCAAUUAAAGGGUGUAAAAAUAAUUUGUUAUAUUUUACAAAGUUUCAACCUGAUAAAACAGUUACCAAAAAACUUGAACUGACUCCAAUCGUUACGGAGUUUAAUGCAGAUUAUGAGUAUGUUACAAAUACUGGAACCAAAUUUGUAUUCUUAACAAACAAAAAUGCUCCAAACAGCAGGCUCAUUGUCAUUGAUAUUGAAAAUUAUGCAGAAUUGAAUUGGGUCGAUUUGGUAAAAGAACACCCAAAGGAUGUGCUUCAUUGGGCACAUAUUAUAAAUAACAACAUGCUUGUUCUCUGUUAUCUGAAGGAUGUUAAGAAUGUCAUGGCAAUUCAUGAUUUAAAGUCAGGUAAAAAAAUAUAUGAUUUCAAAUUGGAUGUGGGUUCAAUUUCAGCUGUAUCUGGCAAAUAUUUCCAUAAAGAAAUGUUUUUCAGUUUCUGUUCAUUUUUAACACCAAAUAUUAUCCACAAAGUCGACUUUGACGGUGACAAAAUCUCGGAAUCGGUAAUUCACGAAACUAAAGUAGGAGAUUUUAAUCCCUCUUUAUAUCAAACUGAACAGGUUUUCUUUAAAAGCAAGGAUGGCACGAAUAUUCCUAUGUUUAUUGUUAGCAAAAAGGGACUUGUUAAAGAUGGUUCUAAAUGCUGUCUACUUUAUGGCUAUGGUGGUUUUAAUAUAAAUUUAACUCCCUUUUUUGGAGUAUCAAGUAUAAUAUUCAUCAACAACUUCGACGGUGUUUUUGCUUUAGCAAAUAUUCGUGGUGGGGGUGAAUAUGGUGAGAAAUGGCACAAUGGAGGUCGUUUUGACAAGAAGCAGAAUUGCUUUGAUGAUUUUCAGUAUGCAGCUAAAUAUUUAGUAAAUGAAAAAUAUACAAGUGUGAAUAAACUAACAAUUCAAGGUGGUUCAAAUGGUGGACUUUUAGUGGCUGCUUGUGUCAAUCAGGCUCCAGAUUUGUUUGGAGCUGCUAUAUGCCAAGUUGGUGUUCUAGAUAUGUUACGAUACCAUAAGUUUACCAUAGGUUAUGCUUGGACAUCAGACUAUGGAUCUUCAGAAGAAGAAGAACAGUUUAGAUAUUUAAUUAAAUAUUCACCAUUGCAUAGCAUACAGAUACCAAAAGAAGGGAGCCAGUAUCCAGCUACUUUACUUCUCACAGCAGAUCACGAUGAUCGUGUGGUUCCACUACACUCGCUGAAAUUUAUAGCGGAGCUGCAAAACAAAGUUGGUAAAUUGCCGCAGCAAAAGAAUCCAUUGAUGGUACGUAUAGAAACAAAAGCAGGUCAUGGUGCAGGAAAACCCACAUCAAAACUAAUUGAGGAAGUCACUGAUUACUAUUGUUUUAUUUCAAGAGCAUUAAAUCUAAAAUUCCUAGACUGAUAGGAUUUAUGGGUAUAAUUAAUGCAAUUACCAAAUAUUUUUAUAAGUUUCAUGUAACAUUUUUCUAUACAGAUUGUCUUAGAAGCACUUAAAGAAAGUUUUAAAUCUUCAGCAUUUGUAAAAAUUAAACUAUUUAGGUACAUAAAAUUGAUAUAAUCCCUAAUUUAUAAUUAAUAGCAACGUACUUAAAAAAAAUACAAAUAUAAAAACAUACUUAUUUUUUUAUAACUUAUUAACACAUUGUUAAUCAUUGUAAGGAAUUGUUAAAAAAAGGUACCUAGUUUGUGUAGCGCUUUAGUUCAUGUAAUUUUAGAAUAAUUUUUAUAAAGAAUUGUUAAUGUGAUAAUGCUAGAUUUUUACAUAGCAGAUAUUAAAAAAAAGUUGCAAAUGUGAGUGAAUUUUCGAUAAAAAAAUUUUGAGCAUUUAAAUGUUAACAAGUCUCAAUUGUGUGAUUUUGAAAUAUGCGCUAAUUACCGUUUUAACUAAAUGUAAAAAAUUGUAAUUGUAAUAAACUUAUAUAAAAAAAUUU